UCUACCUCCACCGUGAUUCUUGCUUUAGGGUCAUACAUCGAGAUUUGAAAGUGAGCAACAUUCUCUUGGACGAAAAGAUGAAUCCCAAGAUUUCUGAUUUUGGGUUGGCAAGGAUGUUCGAAAGCAGUCAAGUUUUGGUCAAUACUCACAAAGUUGUGGGGACACUAGGCUACAUGUCUCCCGAGUAUGCUAUGGGUGGGACAUUUUCAGAGAAAUCCGAUGUUUAUAGCUUUGGAGUACUAUUAUUGGAGAUUAUCAGUAGCAAGAAGAAUACAAAUUUAGAUUACCCCGGGCAGCAUCUUAAUCUCCUUGCUUAUGCUUGGCACUUGUGGUGUGAAGGGAGAGGAUUGGACCUAAUGGAUGCAGCCAUUGCUAAUGCAUUUUCGGCAUUAGAAGUAAUGAGAUGCAUUCAAGUAGGGCUUCUCUGUACGCAAGACCACGCCAUAGAUAGACCCAACAUGUCAGCCGUGGUCCUAAUGCUGAAUGGGGAGUCCAAACUUUCACCGCCAAAGCAACCGGCAUAUAUAUUUCAAAGGCUGCUGGCCCACCAAGUCCAAUCACAAGAAGGAAGCAUCCGGUCCAUGAAUACCAUCACCAUUACUACAGUUGAAGGAAGAUAAAAUUCUCAAAUGCAUUUCACUAUCAAUUAAUCUUUUCAAAGAUUCAGUGUUCACCAAAUUAAACGGCUUGAAUGUGCAAUGUUUUGUGGCACUUUUAUGUGGAUAUAUGAUGUAAACAUAAAGAUUGUGAGGAAAUAUGAAUUGCUAGCUCUCUAGUAGGAUAGUUUUAUGUGGGCAAGGUUGCACAAAAGUUCACAACAUUUGUAUGCAUGGGGAUUUCUACCCCUUCUGCAUAUAGAAGUGUUUUCUCUCAACAUUUCCAUUU